ACCGCGGUAGGGCCGGGGCGUGGGGGGGCUUGCGCCCUCAGGCCGUGUGCGGGCGGGCGGUGUGGCGCUGCCCGUCCCGGGACGCCGGCUGUGGGGAGGUUGCGGCGUGGGCUCCGUCCGGCCUCCCUCGCCUUCGGCCCCGUCCCUCACGGUGCCUGCGAGGAGUGGCGGGGCCAGGAGGGCAGCUUGCCGCCCUCCGCCAAGCGGCUCUUCUUCCGGCGCCCCGGCUGAGGGGGUCUCUGUGCAGAGCUUGCUCCGGUGAAAUGCUGACGCUGAAGUGGGCGGGAAGGUGCCGGAGGUCUGUGCAACAUCCACACUGCUGGCAUCAAGAACAGGAAUGUAGAAGCUGGAAAGAUUCAGAUUCUUUGGUGUUUGAUGAAUAUCAGUGUAGACAUUUAGACCAGUGGCUGAAGAGCUCUACAAUACCAGAACGUUCUAGGCUUCUUUCUAGUUGCCCUGACUGGGAAGAUAGAAUUGAAGAAGGCAAAACAAUGAGGAUGGCAAAUAAAAAAAUGAAUUCUGUUUCAAGUGAUUCUGCUAAUCCAGCUGAAAGGGAAACAGAUGAAGUGGUUCUGAGGAGAAGACAAAAACAGAUCAAUUUUGGAAAGAAUACCCUUGCAUAUGACAGAUACAUUAAAGAAGUUCCAAAAAAUCAGCGAAUACCAGGAGUUCAUCCUAGAACUCCCAACAAAUUUAAGAAGUACAGCCGUAGAUCCUGGGAUCAGCAGAUCAGGCUGUGGAAGAUAGCACUGCAUGCCUGGGAUCCUCCUACUGAAGAAACUUGGGAUCUGCAGCCAGUUAGUACAGAGCCAUCGGGCAGUUCCCAGGAACAGUUCUGCAAAGAUGAGGAUGUUUCUAGCUCCUUUGUAUUUGAUGAAAAACAGAAGAGAAAUGAGUGUGAAGACUAUUGCAGACAGGCUGACUACACACCAGAGAGUCCCUGUUCUCCUGAUUCUUCUCCAGUAUGGAAACGCAGAAAAAGAAACAAUUCCGACUCAUCUGUGGUUUCAAAGAGCAAAAACCAUUAUGUGCAUAUGUAUCACACGCUGGAAAGCAGUUUAUUGGAAGGACAUGGGUCAGAAUAUGCUGAAAGGGGAUGGGGAAGUGCAAGCACUGAAGAUAGAAUAAUGAGGAAAAAAAUUUAAAUACCAAGUCUCUCUUUGUAUAUAGAAGUAUCAAAGGAAGAGGAGUUUCUCCUGUGACAAAACAAUUUGAAGAAUAGGAAUGUAGUCUGAGAUCAGCAGAUCAAGUCUUGGAAAACUGGCACAGUUGCGUAAUAUCUGCACUGAAAGAAGAGGAGAUUUACAGUCAGCAUACGUGCAAUCAACGUAAGGUGAAAUGUGCAGGUUUCUCCAGAUCUUUAAGGAUAGUUUUCCGCAAGCUCUGCCUCAAGUAUAAAACUUCAGAUUUCAUUAAGCCUGUGCUACAAUGAUGAUGGAUGUUCCUUAAAGCUCUUGUGAGACUGUUUCUGCUGUACCUGCGUUGGCAAAUUAUAUGUGCAUCAUAUGGUAAAGGCUACUUCAGUUGAUGGAUUCUGCUGUUGCCAUUUGGAGAUCAUGCUACUUAUCAUGCACUUGCAAGUGUACUAAUGUUCUGCUGGUGAAUUGACCCAAUAUCAAGUCAAACUGAAGAAUGCCACCCCUUAAACCAAGGAGUUAAACCCUCUUGCCUCUGCUGGACCACAGUUGUGUAUCCAACCUGAAUAACUGCUUCUAAAGAAUGUAGAUAAUUUCUACCUUUCUCCAAUUGUUAAAAGAACACUGUUCUUAGCUUUUGGAUUGGGUGAUCAUCCAUCUGGUUUAUUUACCAUUCUCUGAGAUAAGAUAUCUUAAGCCAGCAUUAGCCUAAGCCUAGUGAGAGAAGAGAAAGGAAAGGUAGAUGGUUUAUCAAAGUCAGAUCCCUCUCUUUAAGGGGAUGAGUGACUGUUUGAACAGCAACACAGACCAAAUACCUGGAUCUUGCUUUUUUGUGUGUUGCAGCCUGACCCAAAGAGCCAGUCCGCUGCUAAGAGUACAAGAGGAUGAGUUCUGUUCCUACAGAAAUUGGAAGUGAGCAGCAGUAUUUGCAGAUUGGAGCUGCUCUUGGGCAUGGGAUGUCUAAGCUAUGAGUUGUGACAGUGUUGAGAUAGGUUCUCCUUUGGUUUACUCUUCUAGCGUUGUGCUCAGAUCAAAGCGAGGGCUGUGGUUACAGUGGAGUUCAGAUCAGAUUCAUGUGCCAGCUACAAGAAUUUUUUUUGCAGGACUCCUGGCAUUUUAUGUAGCAUGUACUGAGAUACAAAUAUCUGUUAGAGCUGGGAAUUGUCUCUUUGCAGGAGUUUGGCUUGGCUUUUCGCAAGGCCACUGCAGAACUGUGACAGUGUUAGGGAUGACACACAGCAGCCUUGCUGUGGGGCUGGCAGAGUGCCUGAGGGCCAAAAGCCUGGUGUGCUACUGGUGUGCAAGUAAGUUGCUUUCCCAGAAACUAUUCCCAGUCCCUUCCAGAACAUUGUCUCUAGGCAUGGGGUUCAGUCAUGUCCCAGCACAAGGGUGGCUUAGUCACACACCACAGAGCACGGAGUGUGUGUAUUCAAGGAACACAUCAGUACAGCACUUUUUUAGGAAGUAAUAUUUAGAACCUUGUUGUUCCAGUGUGCAUGCUUUCAUGUAAUUUAUGAUGAUUGUAAAUAAGGGAAUGCGUUACACUUCUGGCAUUUUGUCUUUAUGCAGAAGAAUUAAAGACUUUAUCUUCAAAAA